AUGACAGUUAGUGAUUCUAAGGUGACGUUAGGUCAUCUAAAGUUCAAAAAACCUAUAAUUUCCACUGUUAAUGAACCUAUUCCUACGAAAGAAUUGUUGAAUAGAUUGCAAAUACUUACAGAUGAAUUAUCAGCGGUACAUCAAGAUCAAGUUGAUAUAGAAUCUUUUAGCAGUAUCAAAAAAGAGUUGGCUAAUAAGAAGUUGUUGAAACAUGCUAACGUGGGUGUUCAAGCAUAUGUUUGCUGUGGUAUAUCAGAUAUUUUAAGAAUAUAUGCUCCAGAUGCCCCAUUCACUGCAACUGAACUUUCACAGAUAUUCAAAGCGUUUUUCCAACAAUUUAAGAAACUAGCAGAUACAGAGAAUCCAUAUUUCCAACAGCAGAAUUACUUAUUAAAGAGGUUGGCCGAGGUGAGAUCGGUAAUCUUGAUGACAGAUUUGCCAGAUGCGCAACAAUUGAUAGAGUCGAUAUUUGAAAUAUUUUAUGAUUUGUCCACCAAGAAGUUUCCCUCUAGAUUAGAGCCAUUGGUGUCCGAUAUACUUUCUGAAAUUAUUUCUGAGUCUGAUGUUGUACCACACAACGUGUUGAAGAUGAUUUUGAACAAAUUUUUGACCAACUUUCCUGAGGAGUCGGCCAUUACUUCUGGUUUAAAGUCAAAUAUAUCUAAUCCAGGCUUUAAUUUUUCACUUAGUAUUUGUGAAGCUAACUUGGACAGAAUGUCCCGUCAGGUUGCUCAAUUUUUCUCCGAAAUGUUAUAUGAUAGCACUAGUAAUGUCGAAAAAGCAGAAAACAAAAAUGAUCACGGCAAUUCCAGUAUAGAUAAAAUAGACCAGGCUCAGGCUAUAGAAAGUUUGAGAAAGAUACACAAGUUAUCGAUUCAAAUUUGGAAGGCAAUCCCAGAAUUAUUAGCGUCUGUUAUGGGCUUGUUUAAUGACGAAUUGAAUACCGAUGAUGAAAAAAUACGUAUACUAGCGACCGAGACUAUAGGUAAGAUGAUCGGUGCUUCAUCUAGUGUCAGUGUUAUUGCAAAAGCUAAUUUUAUAAUAGCUCAUAGAGAAACGUGGUUAAAUUGGUUAAAGAAAACUUUAGACGUAUCUCCUGCGGUACGUUGCAAAUGGGUUGAAUUAUUGCCUCAGAUUAUCAAUUCCUCUAACUCAUCUACUUCUGAUAUUGCAACAGAACUAUGUAAUGGUCUUACCAAAUGCUUAUUAGAUACUGAUGAAAGAGUACGCUUGACUGCAUGUAUAAGUAUCGAAAGAAUUCCCUUUGACAAAUUUACCAACCGGGUAUGCAAUAAGAAUAUUAUGAGUACUUUAUCACAAUUGAUACGAGAGAAAAAUCCAGAAAUCAGGAAUGAAAUCAUUAAGAUUUUAGGAAAUUUUUAUAACCAAUAUUUUGAAGCAAAGGCUAAUAAUAGAGUAUUAGAUUUUGGUAGUAAUAAUGAAAUUGAUAGUAAAGAGUUAGAAAAAUCAAUUUACUAUGGAGUUCCAAAUCAAAUAAUAUCCUUGAUCUAUAUUAAUGAUAAAAAUAUCACUUCGGCUGUUGACAUUUGCAUAUUUGAAAAAUUAUUUCCAUUUGAAAGUAAUAGUAUAAAACGGGUUGACAGAUUAGCCCAAUUAUUUAAUAAUUUGAACGAGAAGAGUAAACUGUCAUUUUUUGCUAUUAAUAAGAGGCAAAGACAAAUUUCAAAUGUGCUACAGACCUUCGUUGAAAUGGCAGAAUCAUAUUCUAAGCUCGGUUCAAUAAAUGAUAGUAAUGAAGAGAAAGAAAACAUGAGAAAUGAUUCUGACAAGUUUGAUUCAGAUAAUUCAAGGGCUGAGGGUAAGCGAGAAUUGUUAAUCAAAAUGGACAAAAUUAUAAAUUGGCUAUGUGUUUCAUUUCCUGAUGGUUUGAAUACAUAUGCUUGUUUAGAAAGGUUUUACAAGUUAAAGAACUUUCGUUUUUUCUACUUGAUUAAGGUUUGUAUCUCUCCUGAGUCGGAUUAUAACACAAUUAAGAAUUCAAUGAAGGAGUUAUUAAAUAAAUUGACAAAUGCUAAGAAUAUCAGGUUAGAAGAUGAAAAAAGCAAUGUAUCAACUACAGAUAUGGUAUCAAAUUUUAAGUUAUUAUUAUACAGAGCAUCUGUGAUAUUAUACAAUAAAUCUAACAUGACGGAAUUGAUUAACUAUUCAAAAGAAUCUAAACACGAAUGGAAUUCUGCUGCCAACGAAAUUCUUGAGAAUGUUUCUGUUUUAAUUCCUGAUGUAUUAAAAUUUCAUGUUAGUAAUUUGACUGAAAUUCUAGUCAAUGAUGAAGGAAUAAUUAAUAAGGAUUCUGAAGUUUCGAUAUCCAAUAACUUGAGAACUAUUUAUCAUUUUAUUAAAAAGUUUCCUGAUCUCUUUCCUUCAGACUUGAAUUUCACAGAGUCAUUGAAAUCUCUUGCUGUGGACGGAUCACCUCGGGAGGCAAAGUAUUCAAUAAAGAUAUUGGGGUUAAGUUCUAAGAAAGAAUUGUAUGGAUCUGCUAUUAUUAAUUCUAUAUAUCCAUUGGAUGUGAAUCAUAAAAGGUUUGUCACACACUUAUCGGCUAUUGCAGAACUAUUUUUAGUUGAUCCUUUAUCAGUAGAGGACUUGGCAGGUGAUUUGACUGUUUUAUUGAUUAAAGAAAUAUUGUUACAGAAUAGAAAGGAUGACGAAGAAAAUGCAAUUGGAAAUGAAAAAUGGAUUGAUGAUUUUAAACUUGAUAGCCAUUUCGAGAGUUAUUCUACAUUGUAUGAAAAGGUAUUAGCGUUAAGGAUAUUUGUCAAUAGAUUGAAAUCGAUCGAUAAAUCCUUUUUAAACAAAUCUGAGUUAACACAAGAGGCGACAUCAGUUGCACAACCUAUAUUUAAAUUAUUGCUUUCUAUAAUAGGUAAUGGGGGUGAAAUUGUUAAAGAAAAAGCAGGAGCUACUUCUACUCCAAAGAUUUAUCAGCUGAAAUUAAGGUUAAUUUCAGGGUUGUAUUUACUCAAGUUAGCAAAAUGUCCGAUAUUCAAUGAUAUGUUCAAUCAUUCAACAAUAAACAGAUUGAUCUACUUACUUCAAGAUCAAAAUGAUGAUGUCAGACACGAAUUUUUAAUGAAGUUAGAGAAGAAUUUAUCCAAUGAAUCAAUCUCUGAACGGUUUUUACCAUUGAUAUUUUUUAUGGGGCAUGAACCAAAGUUAACUUUAAAAUCAGAGGCUAGUAUAUGGAUAAAGUCCAUGUACAAGAGAAAAGGAGCUAGCAAUAAUAUGAAGUUUGAAAGAUCGAUAGUGAGGUUGAUUCAUACAAUUGUGCAUAAUGAUGAGUUCUCAGGUUUAAUGAAGAAGUCAAUAAGUUCACCUGAUUCAAAGGAGCAGCAAGACCAGUUAAUCAGGGCGUACUCUUACGCUCUGGAAUACAUUAUUUUCUAUUUGCUUAGUAUUGGUAAGUCGGAAAAUUGUUCUUUGUUAUAUUACUUCGCAAGUCGUAUAAAACAAUAUCGAGAUGCAACAAUUGACCAAAGUUUAUAUGACAUCGAGCCCUUGCCACAAGAAGUGUUGAGUAUUUACUGUAUUGCUGAAUUAACUCAAUUGAUUAUCAAGGAACUUUGUGAUUUAAAGAGCUGGACCCUACAAACUUGGCCUGGUAAAAUUCAGCUCUCUUCAGAUUUGUUUGCUCCAAUGACUAGUACUAAAGAGGCUCAUGAUAUUAUUACUAGAAUUUAUAUUGCCGAUAAUAUUCAGAUUAAAUUAAGAAGCAUGUUUAAACUGAAAAUAUCGGGUACUGGCUUGAAAAGAAAGUCAAAUGACAGUAAUGAUAUAGUCAAAAAGCCAAAGGUAAAAGUUAAUGCAACAAGCUCUAAACCAAAAUCUAAGCUUAAGCUGAUAGCAAAAUUGAAGAAAAAGUCGGAUUCCAAAUCUUCUGAUAAAUAUGAAGAGGCGAGAAAAAGUAAUCGUUCCAGACGACAAGUAAAUUAUGUUGAAGAAGAAGGUUCGAGCAGUGAUCCAAAUGAAGAUAGUGAUGAAUACAGUGACUGA